AUGACCUCCGGUAUCGAUCUUGUGGAGAGGAGUGGCGUACUGAAAUCUCACAUAAUGACCAUUAUCUGGUGUAUGCCCUUUUAAAGCUGAAAAUAUCAAAACCCCCCUCCUAGCUAUGUGAAAGUCAGAUCUUACAAGAACUAUGACAGCCAGUGUUUUGUCUCUGAUCUCGAGCGUGUGGCAUGGAAUGAAGUUCUUCUUGUUGACGACGCGAGUGAUAUGGUUGAUCGAUUUAACAAGCGAUUUCUUGAGGUCCUAGAUGGCCAUGCGCCUGUUAAAUCAGUGAAAGUCAAGCACCGCCAUUGUCCAUUUGUCAAUGAGGAAAUCAAAGUGUUGAUGCGAGAUAGAGAUAGAUUAUUGAAGCGCGCUCGUUGCUCUGGACUUCCUGUGGACUGGGAACUGUACCGUGACUCCAGGCGAGUGGUUAAGAUCAGGUUACGAAAGGUGGAACACUAA